AUGAGGGUAUCUGUUGGCCAGCUUUGCUCUUCGGCAAGUCUAACUAGAAAUCUUCACGUGGUCUACAAAAUCCUCAACCAAGCCAUUCAACAAAAAUCUCAAAUCUUGUUCCUCCCCGAAGCAACAGAUUACAUCUCUCAAAAUGCUUUGCACUCAACGGAACUAGCUAAACAAGUUGAAUCGAGUUUCCUACAACCUUUGCUCAAUCAUAUCAAGAAACUAAAAUCAUCAACUUAUGUGUCAGUAGGGGUCCAUUUACCAGGAGGCUCAGCAAGAAAAGUGAGAAAUGUCCACCUCUUGAUUGACCCUCAAGGGAAGAUAGUUUGCGAAUACCAAAAGAUCCAUUUAUUUGACGUUGAUGUGCCCAAUGGUCCGAUUUUGAAAGAGUCCAAUGCAAUCGAACCGGGGAAUCAAGUAACUGCACCCUUUCACAUACCAAAUACAAAGUUUAAUGUGGGAUUAGCAAUAUGCUAUGAUAUUAGAUUUCCUGAGCUCAGUUUGAAACUUCGUCAACUAGGUGCCAAUAUUCUUACUUUUCCAAGUGCAUUCACAACGAAAACGGGCCAGGCGCAUUGGGAGAUUUUGUCAAGGUCGCGAGCCUUAGAUACACAAUGUUUUGUAAUUAAUGCAGCACAGUGUGGUCAGCAUGACGUUGGAACAAAUUUACAAGGGGAUGUAGUGAAAAGAGUUAGUUAUGGUGAAUCAAUAAUUGUUGAUCCUUGGGGUAGAGUAUUGGCAAGGGGCCGGAAAUUUGAUGAUGAAUUGAAAAGAGAUGUUGACGAUGAUUACUACGAAGUAAUCACUAGUGAGUUAGAUAUUGAAGAGUUGGAGAAAAUUAGAAUUAAUAUGCCGUUGUUAGAGCAUAGAAGAGGAGACAUGUUUUAA